UCAUAAAAUUUUGUUGUGUUCGGGAUUUUCAAUAUGGCGUCGGUUUCAAGAAUAUUUUCUCGUUUAUUGCAGAGGCGAUCCUUCUCGACGGCGUCAGUUUCCGAUCUCAAGAGUGAGAUGCUGGCCGAAGAAAAACAUGCCGCAGGUACAACGAAAACAUGGAAACUGAUAUCGAUAUUUGUUGCUGCUCCCGGUAUUCUGUUCUGUGUUUACAACACUGUAUCGAAAGAAAUGGCACACAAAGCACAUCAUGAAAAAGCAGAAUUUAAAGGAUAUGCUCAUUUAAGGAUAAGAUCCAAGCCGUUUCCAUGGGGUGAUGGUAACCAUACUUUGUUCCAUAAUUCUCAUGUCAAUGCUUUACCUGAUGGUUAUGAAGAAGACUAAAUUUGAGAGUGUUCAUCUGCUGACUGUACUAAUAUUCCUGUUUAUGCUGUUAAUGGCAUAUUUCAUUAUUGAUUAUUAAAAUUGACUAAUUGUGUCAGUUCAAUUCCCAA